AUGACUCGAAGCGGUGAUACUUCACAUUCAGGAGAUUAUGAAAACUCAGUCAUUACCAAAAAGUCGGACAUAGGCCAACACUUCUUACGAGCGGCACGUGCUGGCAAUAUCCAGAAAGUUUUGUUACUUAUCACUGAACACAAUGCAGAUGUACACGCAUGUAAUGCAAAUGGUUUAAAUGCACUACAUUUAGCCUCAAAAGAAGGACAUGCAGCAGUAGUACGUGAACUAAUCGACCGAGGAGCAAAACCAAACACUGCUACUAAGAAAGGCAAUACGGCUUUGCAUAUUGCAAGUCUAGCUGGUCAGUUUGAAAUAGUCAAGCUACUAUUGGAAGCCGGAGCUGAUGUGAAUGUACAAGCUCAGAAUGGUUUCACUCCUCUGUAUAUGGCUGCUCAAGAGAAUCAUUUAGAAGUAGUACGUCUUCUACUGGCUAAUGGUGCUAAUCCUGGUCUAACAACUGAUGAUGGUUUCACUCCACUGGCUGUAGCCCUGCAACAAGGCCAUGAUCGUGUUGUAGCACUUCUGUUGGAAAGUGACUCUCGUGGGAAAAUAUGUCUGCCAGCUUUGCAUAUCGCAUCGAAGAAAGAUGAUAUUAAAGCAGCUAAUUUAUUAUUGAAUAGUGAUGUGAAUGUAGACCAUCAGUCAGCUAGUGGGUUCACUCCACUUCAUAUAGCUGCGCAUUAUGGUAAUGUGAAUAUGACUGAACUGCUUAUAUCGCGUGGUGCGAAUAUUAAUUUUCAAGCCAAGAAUAAUAUUACUCCAUUGCAUGUAGCAUCAAAAUGGGGUAAUCAAGGUGUGGCUGAACGUCUGAUCACAGCCGGUGCAGAGCUUGACUGUCGUACGCGUGAUGGAUUGACACCUUUACACUGUGCUGCUAGGUCGGGACAUGAUACUGUUGUUCAAUUACUGUUAAGUGCUGGAGCUAAUUUAUCUGCAAAAACAAGGAGUGGUUUAAAUUCACUACAUAUGGCAGCUCAAGGUGAUCAUAUUGAUGCAGCUCGUUUACUUUUACAAAAUGGUGCACAACCAGAUGACCCAACUAUUGAUUAUUUAACUGCAUUACAUGUGGCUGCACACUGUGGUAAUGUACGUGUAGCCAAACUGCUACUUGAACGUGGAUGCGAUGUGAAUGCUAGGGCAUUGAAUGGAUUUACACCACUGCAUGUUGCAUGUCAAAAGAAUCGCAUUAAAAUUGUUGAGCUUCUUCUUAAACAUAACUGUUUAGUUCAAGCCACGACUGAGUCUGGUCUGACACCGCUUCAUGUAUCGUGUUUUAUGGGACAUUUAAAUAUUGUAGUCCUGUUAUUGCAGCAUGGCGCUAAUGCAAACGCACCAACUGUACGUUGUGAGACUAGUUUACACCUAGCUACUCGUGCUGGACAAACUGAUGUUGCCCGUCUACUUUUACGUAAUGGUGCUCAGGUGGAUGUUAAGGCCAGAGGUAAUCAAACACCAUUGCACAUAGCUUCACGUAUUGGUAAUAUUGAAUUAGUCACUUUACUUCUAGAACAUGUUGCCAAUGUGCAAGCUGUAACUAAAGACACUUACACACCAAUACAUUUAGCUGCUAAAGGAAAUCACAAAGAAGUUUGUGAAUUACUUUUGAAAAAUGGAGCUGAAUUAGAAGUAACAACCAAGUCUGGAUUCACUCCACUGCAUUUAGCUGUAAAGCAUUCACAUUUAGAUACAGUUAAAUAUUUACUUCUAUCAGGUGCUGAUAUGAAUGCCGCUGGACGCAAUGGGUUAACACCUUUACACUUAGCUACACACUAUGGAUCAUUACCUAUAGUUGAAUUAUUAUUAGAAAGUAAGGCAUCUCCGGUUUCUCAGGCUAAAAAUGGUUUCACCCCACUGCAUAUAGCAGCUGAGAAGCAUUUAGUAGAUAUUGCUAAACUACUGAUUGCAGCUACUGGUGAUGACAAAACUAAAAAUGAAGGUCAAAAUAACGAUGAUAAUGGUUGUUGUAAUAUACAAUCACGUAAUGGUUUUACACCACUACACUUAGCGUGUCAAGAUGGUAAUGAAAAAAUGACAAAGUUAUUGAUAGAUUCAGGAGCUAAGGUGAAUGCUUUAGCUAAAAACGGCCUUACAGCUAUGCAUUUAGCAGCUCAGGAGGAUAGUGUUAAAGCUGCGGAUUUACUGUUUGCUGCUGGUUCUGAAUUAGAUGUUAAAACAAAAGCAGGUUAUACACCUUUGCAUACAGCCUGUCAUUUUGGUCAAGUUAAUAUGGUCCGAUUUCUUUUAGGUAAGGGUGCUGAUGUGAAUGCUGUUACAUGCAUGGGAUCAAAUGCUUUACAUUUGGCUGCACAGCAAGGCCAUUCCACAGUUAUAUACGUUCUGCUAGAAAGUGGUGCCAACCCAAAUAUGCGUAAUAAGUAUGGUUGGACACCAGCUCACGUCGCUCGUCAUCAGCAUUACUUAAAUAUAUUCGAAGCACUGCGUCAGGUGACCGCCUGUGUAGAAUCGUGGGAGGAGGAAAAUACUGAUGAAUUACCAAUGAAUGCAGAAUUAAAUGCAUCUAUCAUUUCUGGUCAAGAGCAUACUUCGUCACUAAAUAGACAACAGUAUACUUCAUCAAAUCGACUUGGUCUUGAGCAUCCAGAUAUGAUGAGAGAUAAUCCAAUUACAGAUACUGAAGAAGAAUGUGUUGAACCCGAUUUCACUGUUAUGCCAUCUUCACCCUUAUUUUCACGUGCACAAAGUAGACAAAGUAUUGGGCAACAAAAUUUCCAGCGUUCUCACCAUCCUCAUCCUCAUCAUCAUCAUCCGCAACAACAAAAUCAAAAUAAUUUUGACUAUAGAUCGUCAGAUGAACAUUAUGGACAUCGAGGUGGUAUAAAUCACGUGAAAAUAGCUCCAGAUAAAUUAUCUAAUGUUUCAGGUGAAGAUAGUAUUCAUGAAGGUACAGCAGCUGAAAAUGCUCAUGGUAUUACUUGGCGAGACACACAAUUCGGUUAUGGAAGUCGGGAAAAUGGACUGUCCGAAAUUAGAAUAAGCCGAGAUUAUGCGGAGCUUGGUAUGGCAGCUGCUUCAAGUUUAGCAGGAUUUUCAGGACUGGUUGAAUGGGACUUCACUCCAGAUAAUGUACCCAUCCCCAGACGACCAAUAGCUUCAGGCUUUCUUGUCUCGUUUCUGGUUGAUGCACGUGGCGGUUCUAUGCGUGGUAGCCGUCACCCAGGUCUUCGGAUUUUGGUUCCACCCAGUGCAGCUAGUGCACCAACACGUAUUACUUGUCGUAUGCUACGACCAGAAAGGACUGCUCGACCACCACAAUUGAAUGAUUGUGAAGGAUUAGCUUGUCGAAUCAUCGAAUUAGGACCUCACCCAUGUAGAUUUAACACGCCAGUUCUUUUAGAAAUUCCACAUUUUGCUUCAUUACGCGGUCGUCAGCGUGAAUUGGUUGUACUACGUAGUGAUAAUGCUGAAACAUGGCGUGAACAUUCUUUAGAAGCUACCGAUCAAGCUGUUCAGUCAGCUGUGGGCCAAAGUUUUGAUGGUUUAGAAACAAUGGAAGAACUUCGAGAAAAGCGUAUUAUUCGCAUAUUGACCAAUGAUUUUCCACAGUAUUUGGCAGUUGUUAGCAGGUUACGUCAAGAAUCAUCACUAGUUGGUUCAGAUGGUGGUGUACUGAGUUCAACAGUUGUUCCACAAGUACAAGCUGUUUUUCCAGAAGGUGCACUUCAAAAAAGAAUACGUGUUGGUUUACAGGCCCAUCCAAUUUCUCCAGAAUUAGUGACACGUCUGCUAGGUAAUCGUGUUGCAGUUUCACCAAUUGUGACAUUAGAGCCACGCCGUCGUAAAUUUCAUAAACCAAUCACUUUAACAAUUCCAUUGCCUAAGGCUGCUGUUAGGGGUAUGAUCAAUCCAACAAUGAGUGAUUUGAAGUCGCAAAAUGUGCCAAGUUUAAGAUUGUUAUGCAGUAUCACUGGUGGUACAGCACCAGCACAAUGGGAGGAUAUUACAGGAUCUACACCGCUGUCUAAAGUCAAAGAUUGUGUCUCGUUCACUACAACUGUUUCAGCAAGGUAA